AUGAGUCGCAGUCGCAGCCGUUCUCCCCAUUCCGCGCUGGAAUCCUAUGAGUCCUGGCUGACGGCGCGCGGCGUGUGGUGGGAUGAUCGCUUACGGCUGCAACACCUGGGAGCCAGUGGCUGGGGCUUGACCUGCAGCAAGCGUAUUGAAAAAGGCGAAAAGGUCAUCCGUGUCCCACGAGCAGCUGCCCUGACCAGCAGCACAGCUGUGGAUGGCCAAUCGGCUGAAGAGUUGUUGCAGCCCUUGGAAGACCUGGCGAAAUUUGAUGAAACGCGAGAUUCGCAGCUGCCACUGGUGAUCUCUUUCCUGCUGGCAGACGCUUCCUGGCGACCCAAGCUCCGCGUGACGCCCUCCCGGCUGGAGCUCCCUUGGUCCUGGCCUUCGCCGGCGCUGGAGGGAACCGAGCUACAGCUGGUGGUGGCGGCCAAGCGGCGGCGCCUGGCGUGGGAGCUGCAACGCCUGGAGACGGUGAUGCCCGGGAGGAUCACCUUGGAUCAGUACACCAGUGCCUGUGCUGUGAUCAUGUCGCGCAUUCAGCCCUGGUGGGGUGGCAGCUUGGUUCCCUUCGUCGACCAGGCCAACCACAGCAAGGAGCCGCAUCUGGAGUUUCGGCUUUCGAAAGGGCAGGUAGAAGGCCGGGCUUUGAGGGUCAUUGAGCCCGGGGAGGUAUUCCAAUCCUAUGGGAACCUCUCAACGGCAGAUUCCUUGUACAGAUAUGGUUUCGCCUCAGCAGCCACCAGAGCCUCUGAGAUCCGGGUCUCCUUUGAGGAUGUGGUGACCGUGACCCUCUCUGACCUGGCAGCGGUGGAUAACGUGUUCCUGGCCAGAGCUCAAAAGCUGAAGACCUUGGAGUUCUUGGAUGAAAGUCCUUGGGAUGGCGUGGAGGAGCUGGGUCUGGAGCUCUCAUUGAGUCGUCGGCCCAAGUUGGCCGCGGGCGGAAUCAAAGGCCUCCGACGCCUCUGGGUGCUCUGUCGCUGCAUGGCUCUCGAGGAGGCACAGUGGCAGGCAGCCCUCACAGGACCGAAGCCCAGGGAGGCGUUGGGGGCCUUGGGGGUGGCGGCAGAACCAGGUGUUGGUUGGGAACCAGGCGCCUCAGCCCUGCAACUGUCCCUCCGCAGUCUCGAAGUCCGCAGCCGGCGCCUCGGGAGCCUGGAGGACGAGGUGCGCCGCUACGACGCAGCCGUGGCUGCGCAGGUGGAAGGCAUCCAGCUGGGACUGCAGAGGCUGCGGGUGGUGGAAGCCAAACUCUUGCAGCGAGUUGUGAGUGACUGGCUGGCUAUGUUCGUGGAAAGCUGCAAGAGCUCCAGGGUCCUGCAGGAUAAAACGAGACCAGCCAUGAAGAUGCUGGAGCUGUUCUUGCAGCCCUUCCUUUUUUGGGAACUGGGCAGCUUGGAUUUCAACUGCUUGAUGUCGAAGGUGAAGAACUUUGUGAUCUUGUCAAUUGUCUUGGAGGAUGCCAGGGAGCAUGGCAAGGCAUCUUCGGACCCAUCCUGGGCGCAGGUGUGGCCCUGCUGCGCGGCGCUGGCGCAACAUGUAGCGACGCACCCGGAGCUGGUUCGGCGGCGCCGGGUCUUCGAGCUGGGCGCUGGCUUGGGCGUGCCGAGCAUCGCAGCCGCCCUGGCGGGAGCUCGAGAUGUUCUGCUGCUGGACCGAGAGCCCUUGGCUCUGCACUGUGCGGCCUCAACGGCUGCGGUGCACAAUCUACCAGUUGCCUCCGUGAAUGACGAAAGCGCUGCAGAUAACGCCGUACGUGCAGCCGUCUAUGAUUGGGCGGAACCGCAGAACUUCAACGUGCGAGCUGAGGUGGUCCUGGCCUCGGAAGUGCUCUACGACUGCCGCGAGGCGCAGGACGUGGCCGUGGCCGCGCUGCGGCUCAUGGGCGGUGGACAGGGCCGGGUGCUCAUUGCGGACCCCAGGAGCUCGGCAGUCAUCGUUGCUGGGUAG